GGCGGCGAGGGAUCCUGCCUGGCAGUGUGCGUGUGCUGCUCACUUAGUGUCUCUCGCCUCGAGCACCGUGCAAGAUGUGUGUCACUGGAGGUCCUUCCUUCGUCUUUCCAAAUCCCAGCCACCACUUAAACCUAUAUUGUUAGUGCUGUUCGGCUGGUGUUGUCCUGUGGUGAUGUUACACUGUAUUUCUGCUGUCAUCUGAUGCCCGGGACACAGUGGAUGCACCAAAGUAUCAACACGGAGAUACAGGCGCAGAUAACAAGAGGACAUGGAAUUAAAAAUUUGUUUUAAAAAGUGUCGCCUGCUGCUGAAAUUUGCGACGGCGUGUGUGUUGAUGAUUGUCCUGGUGGCGUUGUGCAGGAGAGAGUACGCCGUCAGGGUAGAUAAACAACUUAGCCCCUUGCCUAAACUCUUUAAGGAUUGUCGAAGGAGAGAUAAUGCAGAAGAGAGGAAUAAGCCUCCCAUCCCCGACAACCCUCGAGACAGCCCAGUAUGCAGACCGGCAAAUAUUCCGAACAAGUUCCUGAUAGAGGAGGAAGACUUCUGCCAGCGUGGUCAACCCCUACAGGUAGUGUCCUUCGUGCAUUCGUCCAUUAGUCGCGUGAAGAAGAGGAUGGAGACAAGGAAGACGUGGGCCAAUGCUUCCGCUUAUGGGCUUGGUACCCAUAAUGGCGUCGUGUUUAUGGUCGGUCGAGCCAAGAAUCCACACGAGGAGAUGAUUGUCCAGAAUGAGAGCCUUUUGUACCAUGAUAUUGUACAGGGAGACUACGGCGACCACUACCAACUACUGAGUUACAAAGCAUUAGCGGCUAUGAACUGGAUAACCCGCCACUGUUCCCACGUACCCUGGACGCUCCACGCUGACGACGACCUGAUCAUUGAUUCCUUUCUACUGCAGGAGUUUAUCCAGACCCUCAACAGCGAGUCUAAGAAGCAGAUCAUUUGCAGACGGAUGGUAGGGCGUGUGUUGAGGAAGGGGAAAUGGAAAGUGACCAGGGAAGAGUACUCAGCCAAAAUGUAUCCCAAAUACUGCCAGGGGACGAUGUGGCUCCUGGCUACAGAACAACUACCUAAGCUACUUGAGGCCUCUAAGGAAGUGAGUUACCUGUGGGUUGACGACGCCUUCAUCACUGGUCUGCUGGUUCAAAAGGCCCACAUUGGUUUGAAAGACAUAGGGUCUAAAUUUACUAGAAUAUUUAAGCGGUCAGAUAUAGGCAAGAAGAUAGCGUGGUGGCACUUGCCCAAUGUAAACAGCACGGCAAUAUGGCGGCAGAUAGUUCAUUACCAUAAGCAAAGAUACAAACCCAACCCAAGCCAACCCAACUCAAUCCAACCCAACCUAACUUAACCCAACCCAAUCAACUUAAAUUUACCCAACCUAACCUAAUCUAACCCAAUCUAACGUCAAAGAUUCACAGGGACCAAUACUAUAAAGCAAAUGAUAGUCACAUACUCAAAUGCUUUCAAUAUUUGGUGCAAGAAUUAUUUACAAGUUUAGAUUCACAGAGCAAAUCCUCACUGACAAAGUCCACUCAUUUAAGUGGCACACAGAUCUGAGCUCAAUAGUAUUUCGUGAAGCAGAGAAACUCCUCAGUUCUCUCUACUCCCUCCCUCUCCUCCCCGUCACUCUCCCACCAGAGACAUUAAGUAUAAUGGUAAUAACAAUAUAACAAUGACAGUAAUUGAUAUUCAUAAUAAAACAAUAUAUAAAAGAAGUUACCACAAAAAAAAGACAAUUCGAUCGACACCUUAAACUUC